CCUAUAUAAUUUGUUUUGAGUGUUUCGACUGUGUACCUCACUACCUCCUAAGGUGGUUGUACCCAUUAUGCAUUAUGAGUUGUGACAUAUCGUAUUACUCGUAAAUCAUCAUAUUGAUAUCUGUUUUUAAAUUGUUUAAAGAUUAAUGUUGAAUUUUAAUUUAUAAAAAGAUUUUAGUGAAUAUUAAUUUUAUUUUAUAAACAUGGAUAAGUCUAAUUAUUCAUUACCAUUGAUUAUUUUGAACAAUAAACAAUUAUUAUUAAAUUGCACAGUUGUUCCAGAAAAUUUAAUUCAAAAUAAUGAUAGUAACACUAUGGAUAUUGAUUCCAAUGUAAAGUUACACUCUGACUAUGCACCUGAAAAGAAUAAUAUACCAUCCUUGAAAAAAAAUCAAAAAAAAAAAGGAAGAAUUCGUUUCAAAUGUUUGCAUUGUGAAUACUUAACAUUUCGAAAACAAAAUUUAAUUGUGCAUCUUAGAGAAAAACACGAAACUAGAAAACAACUAGAAACUAAAGUUAAUAAUGGUACAUCAAAUACAACAAGAACAAUUGAAGUAUUUUCGUGUACAUUAUGUAAAAUGACGUUUAAUACACUGGAUAAAUGUAAAGAACAUAUGGCACAGCAUUUAAUAAAUACUCAUAAAAAUAAUCAAAAUAAACAACAAAAACACGGUUGUAAAAGUAUUCAACUGAGUAAAAAUAAUCUUGAAGAUAUAGAGUAUGUUUCAAAGUGUGUACAUUGUAAACGUAAAUUUCGUUCUGAAAAUUCUAAAUCACUUCAUUCAUUGUGUCACCAAAAUGAUUGUAAAGAUUAUAAAUGUAGUGAAAAAAAUUGUGAUUUUAUAACACCAAGAUGGAAUGCUUGUCGUAUUCAUUUAUGGAAGGUUCAUAAAAUUGACAUUGAUAUGUUUAACUGUCAAGUUUGUAAAAAAUAUACAACUACAACAUAUCAUAACUUAGUUAAUCAUGUAUCAAUGAAACACAAUAAAACAUUGUCUUGUGUAGACUGUGGUGCUGAAUUUCAGGAUUCGACUAUGUUACAAAAUCACAGAGUAUUUCAUUCAAAAGCAAAGUCUGUAAAUAAAGAAAGAUGGUAUAUGGAAAAGACAUGUGUAAUUUGUAAUAUGGUGUUGGCUAAUUCAAAAAGUUUAAAACUUCAUACAAAAAAUGUUCAUCUAAAGUUAAAGCCUUAUGUGUGUCAAGUGUGCAAUCAUGGUUCAGCAACUAAAUACAUGAUGCAAGUACAUAUGCGGCAGCAUACUGGUGAAAAACCAUUUAAUUGUGAUGCUCCGGAUUGUAAUUUUAAAACUGGUAAUAAACAAAAUUAUCUUAUCAAGAAAAAAUAUCUAUUUGGUAAAUGUAUAGGGGAUCAUAACUCACUUAGACGUCAUAAACUACGCCACUCAAAUGAAAGGCCUUACAAAUGUACCCACUGUGAUUACAAGUGUAUCCAAGUGACUGCGCUCAAAAGUCAUAUAACGAAUAACCAUCGUGAUAAAAUGGACAAUUCAUAUUACUCAUGUAAUCGAUGCACAUUUGGAACAGUGAGCUUAAAAAGAUAUAAUGACCAUGUUUCUGGUCAUGAAACACAAGUUCAAAAUGGUCUAGAACCUAGUCCUGUAAAAUGCCAAGAGGCAAAAGCUGAAAUGACAGACGAUGAUGAUACUGCACAGGGAUAUGUUGAUGACACAGGUGGUAUAACAAUUUCUGAAAGUGUGGGUUGUGCUGUAUUAAAUUUAGACGAUAAUGCAAUUAUGCUUACAUAAUGUUUUAAAAUAAAAUUAAUCAUAAUACAAAUUCAAAA